AUGGAGAAGAGGCAGGAGGCAAGUCAUUCUACCAAGAUUCGGCACCACAGAGCUAUGAAAGCUGUGCAGAGGAGGCAGAGGGUUCCCCGGGUGCAGAGGGUGCCCGGGCCAGAAGAGGAGGACCCUAGGAUAAAGUGUAGAGACUGUGGAGCCUUUGGUCAUACUGCAAGAAGCAGAAGAUGUCCCAUCAAGUGCUGGGAGUUGGUCCUGUCCCCACAGCCUCUUGGCCCAAAUAAGGAGAACCUAGACCCAUGGAAGACCCCGAGUUCUCACAAUCCAGGCCUCAUAGGCCAUGCAGAGAGACAGAAUAAACAGGAACAAUGGCAAGAACAUCAGCACGAAAAGACGCUCCUCGAGAAGUUUCCCAGGCAACCUCAAGGGAGGAAACAGCAAAGCCAGGUAGAUGUGGCUGAAACUUGUGUCUGUGUUCCUUGUCCAAGCAGGCCAAUAUCCACUCACAUAAACAGGAAGAGGUCUGGUCUGGACCAUGUUCAAACGAGUCAGCAACCUGUUCAGAAGUCUCACCAGCAUCCCAUGUGUCCUGUAGUGGCUCCCAUCCAAAGUCCUGACCUCACCCUUUCCUCACUUCCUGGAUACAACAAAGGUCAGAACAGAACUGUCAGUGGUAUCCCUAACACAGUCUUCAGGAACAUUAAUCACACCCCAGACUUGGAAGAACUGGUGGGUCAAGUUGGAGAGAGUCACUCUCAAGUUCCUAAGUCUUCCUCCAAAAUGCAUGGGAUAGGCCAUUCUCCAUCUCCAGGCCAGUGUCCUGAUAAGAGCAAACAGCCCAGCCUGCAUCCUGCUGCACCGGCAAAAGGUCAGGUUGGCAAAGUCAGCUUCCGGACACCAGGCAAGAAACCUAUGCAGGGCCCCAUACAUCAUUGCCAGAACUUCCCAAAGAAACGAAAAGUCGGUUCCUUUCAAGCCCCUGAAAACAGCACUGGAUGGCCUGGGUUGGAAGAUAUCCAGGCUCUGCCAUCUCCUUUCCAAUCGUCACCACAAGUGAGUAGGAAAAUGCCAGACAAGGGUCCCCACCUAGACCAACAGUGGCCAUGUAGCAGAGCUCAUUCGGGUUCUGUGCAGCCCUGCCUUGAGACCCACCAUCCUCCAUCCAGCCAUGUUCUAGGACAGCCCCUCAGGAUGAUCUUUACCAGGCUGAGGAACGACUUUUGGUGUUCCAGGCUCCUGCCAGCUUCCUCAGCCCAUCCUCCUGGGAAACAAACACCUCCUGCGGAGAGCUCCCGAGUCCCAGUGAGUGUCCUCCAUGAGGAUCUGCAGGUGUCCUCUUUUUCGGAGGACAGUGACUGGGAAUGA